AUGUCAGAGCCGUUAAUCGAUAUCUCGCCAAACAAGGUCUACGGGACCUCUCAAACUCCAUCGGCUCAGCCGCCGUUAGAUGACCCGAUUAACCUAGGUUCUGAGGAUUCGGAAUACUCCGUUAUCGACUACAACAUUCCAAAAUCCGUUUCCUCCUCUGGAAUUGGCGAAAAACACUUGCGAUCUGCCCACAACUCGCCUAUGAAGGUGAUGAAAAAGCCAAAAUACGAUAUACACGACGAAUCAAUGAAGGAAAAUCACGAUAUUAGCUUUGCUGAUGACGAUGAGGACUUCCUGGCGCGUAUCUCCAGCAAAUUGGGAAGAGGUGAUGAACUCACCUCCCACUCGAUGAGCUUCGAUGCCAACCUUAGUGGGUUCUCAGAUGUUAUGGUCGAGGGUGGGGUUGGUGUAAGCAGGGAAACGGAAGAGCAAAUAGGCGAAAUAGGUGAAAGAUCUGUUGACAGACAGAUCCUAAGAGAAAGCUAUAGAAGAGAGCGAAGUAUGGAAAGGGGUUCUCCAUUCCAUACCCCCACUAAGAGCAACCUCCUCUCCUUCUCGACACCCAACAGACAAUCUUGGAGCAGCCCUCAGUCAGAUCCUGUCACUCCUGGAACUGUCACCCCCAGAGCAACCGGCCAGCGAUCUCGUCUUGCUACUCUCUCACAAUACUCCAAAUCCCCAGAAUCGACACCUGGCAACAAUGAAAGAACGCAAAACCUAUUGCUUGACUUCACCGCGCAGUUCAAUGCCAUCAAAGCCAACCCUCCCCCUCAAACACCCACAAGGUCAAGAAGACGUUCGCAAUCAUCUUCACCGACAAAGAGAACUCGUGAUGGGUCUGAAUCACCUAGUAAACAGCCUUUACCUGCACCAACGCCCAUGGAACGCAGGUUUCUUCUCGACUUUGACAUCCCACCACCACCCACCCCCCGUUCAAUCCCAUCUGUAACACCUAAAGAAGUCGAGAACAUCAAAUCCCAAUUCUUGGCCCAGAUUGCACAAUUAAGGGCGGAACUUGCAGGUAAAGAUGCUCAAAUAAAUACUCUCAAAGAUUCGGUAUCAGACGCCGAAAGAAGAGCAUCAAAUGGCAUCGUUGAGCUGCGACAAGUUCGGGAGGAGAUGGAAGAUAUGUCAGCCAGGACUAUGCUCAUAGAAUCGAGACUUUCUGAAGCUGGACGUGCUGUACAAGAAUUUCAGGGACAGAUUGAAGUAGGGAAUCGGCUUCUCGACGAGGCUCGGAACGAGCGGGAUUCAGUUGUACAGGAUAAGGAUUUCUUGAGAAGGGAACUUGAAGAGUUGAAGCGGGAGCAUGAGCAGGUCUCAGAUUCCCUCCUGAAAACGAAACAAGAUUUGGCUUCUACCAAGAAAGACUUAAUCGUUGAAAGACAAAAGAAAUCGGCCCCAAAUUCCCCGGCCAAAGGAUCCGGGGGUAGCGGUGUUGAUGUUGAGGCCGCAGUUGAGAAAGCUGUCGCCGCCGCCAAUGCAACAAAGGAUAUGGAAGUUAGUCAGGCCGUUGAAAAGGUCGCGAAGGAACUGCACUCACUAUACAAAUCCAAGCAUGAGCAGAAGGUUUCAGCCCUCAAACAGUCGUACUCUAAACGAUGGGAGAAACGAGUCAAUGAACUUGAAGCUAAAAAUAAUGAUCUCACGAAUACCAACAAUGAGCUAUCUAACAAGAUUAUGAGAAUGGAAGAGGAGAGUGAAGAGCAUCUAAACCUCAGCGGCCCGGUUCUUUCACCCCACGAUAUGGAGGAUCGGAGAGAGGAAAUCGAGAAAUUAGAGGCACAAUUCGCAAAGGCACAAGAACAGAUCAAGACUUUACAGGAAGAUCUCUCAGCGGAGCGCCGGGAGAAGGGGGAGCUUGUUCUAGCUGUUGACGAACUACUAGCUUUGGGUGGCGCCCCUGCUACGGCCGACAAUGGUGUUAACAACCUGCGUGGAAGCAUCAGCCGUGCCUCCGGAGCAAGCAUCGCAAAGGCCCUGACCCCUGCGAAGGAAGAGAAAGAUAAGGAAACAAAAAGCAGCAGUGGCAUAAGAGGAGGCAUUGAGAGGAUGGGUAACGGGGCUAACCCUUCGAAAGGCCGAUUUGGAUUCCCCUCUUCUUAA